AUGGAGGUGGGUGGCACCGCAGAGCCCGAUGUUCUGGACGUGGAUCAGGGGCUCACUCUAGCCUGUAUUGGCUUCCUCUGCCUGCUGCUGGUCGCCAUGAUCAUCCGCUGUGCCAAAGUCAUCGUGGACCCUUACAGUGCCAUCCCCACCUCCACCUGGGAGGAGCAGCACCUGGAUGACUGACCCCGCACA